UCUGGAAUGUAUACACUGUCUCCCUGCCCAGCGGCCCUUGCACAAAGCUCUAGAAAACUGUGAAAGUGCCUUCAGCAUAAACAAAUCCAGAACUCCCCCAGGACAAAUCAUUUGCCAACUGAAGGAAAGGCUUGAGGCUCACGGUUUUACUCAGAGCCAAAGGUGGACAUUCUCCAGGGGGACAAGCGGACCAGGCGUCGGUGGGUGCCACUGCAGCAAAACAAGACUAGCUGCAGAUGCUAUUUGCCUGUUGCCUUUGAGGAUAAUCAUAACCAAAAAGAGACAGGCCAGCUCUGAGGUCUGCGGCGUGGUGGCCCUCCUUUCCACGCUUCCCUACCUGAUACCCUGGUGAUCUCUACAAACGUCUUGGUGAAUGGACACAAGUGUGCUGAGCCUUGCGGCCCCACCGCUAAGCCCUGCAGCACAUGCUGCGAAGGGAGACCUGACUCUUCCCCCUCGAAGUGGGGCUGUCUGUUUCCUCGGGAGUAUGGAUGAGGGGCCGCCAGAUGGGCUGCUCUUCAAAGACCAUGAUUUCUCCUCUGACUUGUUAAAGCAGCUCAAUGUCUUAAGGCAAAGCAGGACCCUGACGGAUGUGAGUAUUUGCUCCGGCACCUGGGAGGUCCCCUGUCACCGAAACGUGCUGGCCUCCAGCAGCCCCUACUUCAGGGCCAUGUUCUGCAGUCACUUCCGGGAGAACAGCCAGGCCAAAGUCCAACUGAAAGGCAUCGACUCCCCAACGCUGGACCAGAUCGUCCUGUAUGUGUACACGGGGGAGGCACACAUCACAGCUGAAAACGUCCUGCCCCUGAUGGAGGCAGCCUCCCUGCUGCAGUACCCCAAGCUCUUCGAGGCCUGCUCCUCAUACCUUCAGAGCCAGCUGACCCCCAACAACUGCCUGGGCAUGAUCAGACUCUCGGAAAUCUUAAGUUGUGAGACCCUCAAGAAGAAAGCCAGGGAGGUGGCCCUGACGUAUUUCCCAGAGGUGGCUGCAUCAGCUGACCUGAAGGAGCUCUGUGCCUUGGAGUUGAGAAACUACCUUGGAGAUGACGGGCUCUGUGGGGAGGAGGAAAAGGUGUUUGAAGCCCUCAUGGUUUGGGUCAAGCAUGACCUCCAGGCCCGGAAACGGUAUAUGCAAGAACUGUUCAAGCAGGUCAGGCUUCAGUACAUUCACCCAGCCUUCUUCCACCACUUCAUUGCCAACGACGCCCUCCUGCAAUCCUUGCCCGCAUGUCAGACCAUCCUGGAGACGGCCAAGAGACAGAUGUUUUCUCUGUACAGUCCCAGUGGCCCAGACUACAACCCCCUAGGGCACAUCCCUCCAAGAAACUCUUACCAGGAUGUCCUCAUCCUCUUGGGUGGAAGGAAGGACAACCAGCAGACCACCAGGGAUGUCCUGCUGUACAAUGGACAGACUGGCCAAUGGCAGAGCCUAGCCAAGCUCCCAACCCGGUUGUACAAGGCCUCGGCUGUCACCUUGCACCGCAGCAUCUACGUGCUCGGGGGCAUGACUGUCAGCGCAGGGAAGAGUCUGGUCAGUCCCGACGUCUACAUCUUCUCCCUGAAACUCAAUCAGUGGAGGCUGGGGGAGCCCAUGCUGGUGGCCCGCUACUCCCACAGAAGUAUUGCCCAUAAGAACUUCAUCUUCUCCAUCGGGGGCAUUGGAGAAGGGCAGGAGCUCAUGGGUUCCAUGGAGAGGUACGACAGCAUCAGCAACGUCUGGGAGAGCAUGGCCAGCAUGCCAGUCGGGGUGCUCCACCCUGCUGUCGCUGUGAAAGACCAAAGACUCUACCUCUUUGGGGGAGAGGACAUUAUGCAAAACCCUGUGCGCUUAAUCCAGGUUUAUCACAUCUCCAGAAACACAUGGUUCAAAAUGGAGACAAGAAUGAUCAAGAACGUGUGUGCUCCUGCCGUGGUGCUCGGGGAGCGGAUAGUCAUUGUGGGAGGUUAUACAAGGAGGAUCCUUGCUUAUGACCCUCGGUCCAACAAGUUUGUCAAAUGUGCGGACAUGAAGGACCGAAGGAUGCACCAUGGGGCCACGGUGAUGGGGAGCAAGCUGUAUGUGACCGGCGGGCGGCGGCUGACCUCGGACUGCAACAUCGAGGACUCGGCCUCCUUUGACUGCUACGACCCUGAGACAGACACCUGGACAUCCCAGGGACAGCUGCCCCACAAGCUCUUCGACCAUGCCUGUCUCACUCUCCAGUGCCUACCCACACGUCCACCAUCCUGUGACGCUGAGGAGAAGUAUCCACCUUAGUCAAAAUGCUUUCUGUUACAGACAGAAACCCCACUCCAAUAGCUUACCCCUCAAAGGAUGCAGGGAGAGCUCACAGGCUGAAGGUAUCAGGGCCUGGUGGCCUGGAUCAGCCUUAUUGUUGCCAGAACACAUGCGCGCACACACACUCACUUUCUGUCUCCCUCUCGCUCUGUCUCUGUCUCCCUCCUCUCUC